AUGGUAACCUCUGUGCUCAUCCCAAAACCUUUCAAGGGGCUGGAGAAGACACAGGUUAUUAGAGAAGCAGAACGACGGCCUUCAGAUGAAGAGGUGGAGAAUCUUCGCCUCAUUUUAAAGGAACGGCGCAAUGGAUAUAUGACGACAGCAAGACUAGGCAGAGGUACAUCGAAACCCCUGAUAGUCUCUGCCGUCUAUCUUCCCUAUGAGGCUCCUGACCCGCCCGGUACUGUGGUAUGCCGCCUACUGGAGGAGAUGGGCAGACAACAUCCUGGAACUAAAGUUUACAACUGCGAACUGUAUAGCAAUUGGAACAGUCUUGAAGCCGCUUGGAGGCAAGUUGCAGGAUAUCGUGAUUAUCUUUAUGAUAUUGGUGGCAGACAUCCGGAAGGAAUAAUAGUAAUAGGAUAUUCACAAGGAGGACUGUUGGCAAGGGCGGCUGUUCAGUCAAUGCCCGAACACAAUGUGCGAAUUUUUAUAUCUUUAUCUUCUCCUCAAGCAGGACAGUAUGGAACCAGUUUUCUGCACCUGAUAUUUCCGGAUUUGGCUGCCAAGACCGCAUAUGAACUAUUUUAUUCCAAAGUAGGACAACAUACAUCUGUCGGAAACUACUGGAAUGAUCCUCGAAAGCAAGAUUUGUAUUUGAAAUAUAGCGUUUUUCUGCCGUACAUAAAUAAUGAAAUUAUUUCGGGAAAUUCAACCGAUUUUAAAGAAUCUUUGACUCGCUUAGAUAAAUUAAUUCUUGUUGGAGGUCCGAACGAUGGAGUGAUUACACCGUGGCAAUCAAGCCAUUUUGGAUAUUACAACGAGAGUCUAGAUGUGAUUCCAUUCAAUGAACGAAAAAUAUACACAUCGGAUGAAAUUGGUUUGAAAACUUUGGCAGAUCACGGAAAAUUGAUAAUAAUCGCUAAACCAUUUGUACAUCACUUAACAUGGCAUACAAAUAAACGUGUUAUCAAUGAGGUAAUAUUACCUUAUCUGAUAUAAA